UCUAAGAAUUUGGAGAUUGGAUAUUGUUUUCAGAGUAGCAGAUUUAAUAGCAGUGGAACAUUCCAGCUGUACUGUUCGUAUUUUCUGAAGCCCUAAUCAAGAUGUUCGCCAGCCUGAAGAUUCCUGAUUGGGCACUGAAAUCCAAGAAUUUCCGAGGCUUUGACCAUGCUUACACAGCACAGGCAUUUGGGUGAUUGGCAAGUGCCCCGUUGGGUUGGUGGCAACUGUAUGCCUUUCUGAAGUUUAGCCUUUUCCUUUUAAAAGUGGCCUACUGGACUUGCAGGUUUCUCUGUCAUGAUUCCAUCUUGUGCAUGUAAAUAACAAUUCCUCGGUCCUUCACCAUUGAGGACGAUGGAUGCUCUAUGAAGCUGUGUGGUAGCUGACAUUCUGUGCCAUCAGCACACUGGCACCUACCUCUUUGGGAAAGGUGACCAUGGAGGAAGAAGAUGAGUCUCGAGGGAAGACGGAGGAGUCAGGCGAGGAUCGUGGUGGUGAUGGCCCGCCUGACAGAGACCCUACACUUUCUCCUUCUGCCUUUAUCCUGCGAGCCAUUCAGCAGGCUGUGCGAAGCUCCCUCCAGGGGGAUCUGCCAAGUGAUAAAGAUGGCUCGCGGUGUCACGGCCUUCCGUGGAGGCGCUGCCGGAGUCCACGGUCAGAAUCCCGGCCUCAGGAGUCAGGGGGCACGGACACGGCCACUGUGUUGGACAUGGCCACAGACAGUUUCCUUGCGGGACUGGUGAGCAUCCUGGACCCCCCAGAUACCUGGGUUCCCAGCCGCCUGGACCUGCGGCCUGGCGAAAGCGAAGAUAUGCUGGAGCUGGUGGCUGAGGUCCGAAUUGGGGACAGAGACCCCAUCCCUCUCCCUGUGCCCAGCCUGCUGCCCCGUCUCAGGGCCUGGAGGACAGGCAAAACGGUUUCUCCACAGUCCCACUCUUCUCCACCCGCCUGUGCCCACCACCUCCUAACCUUGGGCACUGGGGAUGGGGGCCCCGCCCCCCCACCUGCCCCCUCCUCUGCCUCCUCCUCUCCUUCUCCUUCCCCUUCCUCAUCUCCCUCUCCUCCUCCUCCCCCACCUCCCCCUGCGCCCCCAGCCCCGCCUGCCCCCCGAUUUGACAUCUAUGACCCUUUCCACCCCACCGAUGAGGCCUACUCCCCACCGCCGGCUCCUGAGCAAAAGUAUGACCCCUUUGAGCCUACCGGCUCCAACCCCAGUUCGUCCGCGGGGACCCCUUCACCGGAGGAAGAGGAGGAGGAAGAGGAGGAGGAGGAGGAAGAGGAGGAGGAGGAGGAAGAGGAAGGUCUGUCGCAGAGCAUCAGCCGCAUCUCAGAGACCCUGGCUGGCAUCUACGAUGACAACAGUCUGAGCCAGGACUUCCCAGGUGACGAGAGCCCCCGCCCCGAACCCCCGCCUCCGGCCGCGGGGCCCGGGACUCCGCCCCAGGCGGACUCCACUCGCGCGGAGGGAGCCACGCGGAGGCGCGUCUUCGUGGUGGGCGCCGAGGCCGAGGCGUGCCGGGAAGGCAAGGUCUCCGUGGAGGUGGUGACGGCCGGGGCCGCGCUGCCUCCGGCCCUGCUGCCCCCCGCGGACUCGGAGAUCGAGGAGGGGGAGAUCGUGCAGCCCGAGGAGGAGCCCAGGCUGGCGCUGCCCCUGUUCCGCGGCGGGCGGCCGGCCCGGCCUCCGCCGGCUCCCGCGGCCACAGCCGCACCCGCCCCGCCGCCGCCUCCGCCUGCUGCCGCUGCCGCCGCUGCUGCCGCCGCCCGAGCCCCGGAGGGCGACGACUUCCUGUCCCUGCACGCUGAGUCGGACGGCGAGGGUGCCCUGCAGGUGGACUUGGGGGAGCCGGCGCCUGCGCCCCCUGCCGCCGACGCCCGCUGGGGCGGCCUGGACCUACGCCGCAAGAUCCUGACCCAGCGGCGGGAGCGCUACCGCCAGCGCUCGCCGUCCCCGGCCGCCGCCCCUGCGCCCGCGCCCGGCGCCGGCCCGCCCGCCCGCAAGAAGUCCCGGCGUGAGCGCAAGCGCAGUAGCGAGGCCAAGGAGGCCGCCCCGGGCCCCGGCGCCCCGCCGGCCCCCGCCUCGCCCUGGGACAGCAAGAAGCGCCGCUCCCGCGACCGCAAGCCCAGCUCUCACGCCGCCGCCUCCGCCCGCCGCCGCUCCCGCUCCCGCUCCCGCUCCGCCCGCCGCCGCUCGCGCAGCUCCGAUCGCCGGCGCGGGGGCCGCCGCUCGCGGUCCCGGGAGAAGCGGCGCCGGCGGCGGCGCUCAGCGUCUCCGCCACCGGCCACCUCGUCGUCGUCAUCCUCGCGCCGGGAGCGGCACCGGGGCAAGCACCGUGAUGGCGGCGGCAAGAAGAAGAAGAAGCGCUCGCGCUCCCGGGGCGAGAAGCGGGCGGCCGACGGGGGCGAGAAAGCGGCGGGAGGCGGCGGGCCGGCGGCGAGCUCGGCCGAGCGCGAGGGCCGCCGCCGCGGGGCCGUGCCGCCCUCCAUCCAGGACCUCACGGACCACGACCUCUUCGCCAUCAAGCGGACCAUCACGGUGGGCCGGCCGGACAAGCCCUCGCCGCGCGGGCCCUCGCCGGGCCCCGCCGCGUCGCCGCGGCGCGAGGUGCUGUACGACUCGGAGGGCCUGAGCGCCGACGAGCGGGGCAAGGGCGGCGACAAGGAGCGGCGCCGCGCCGGGCCCGCCGCCGCCGCGUCCUCGUCCUCCUCCUCGCGGGACAAGGGCUCGCGCCGCAAGGGCCCGGACGCGGCUGAGCGCGAGCGGGAGCGCGACCGCGACCGGCCGUCCAAGAAGGUGCGGCCCAAGGAGGCGGCGGCACCGCCCGCCGGGCCCCCGAAGUCUGCGGCCAGCAGCGGUUCGGGCUCAUCUUCAUCCUCGUCGUCCUGCUCGUCGCGGAAGGUGAAGCUACAGUCCAAGGUGGCCGUGCUGAUCCGCGAGGGCGUCAGCAGCACCACCCCGGCCAAAGACACCGCCGGCCCCGGCUCCAUCGCCGUCAAGUUCAGCCGCGACCGCGAGAGCCGCUCGCCCUUCCUCAAGGCCGACGAGCGGGCGCCCGCCGACGCCGCCAAGGCCGCCGCGGGCAGCGCCAAGCCCAAAAAGACCAAGGCCAAGGCCAAGGCCGGGGCCAAGAAAGCCAAGGGGACCAAGGCGAAGACCAAGCCGUCCAAAACGCGGAAGAAGGCCCGCAGCGGGGGCAGCGGCGCGGCCGGCGGCCCUGGAGCCCUGAAGAAGUCCAAGGCGGACAGCUGCAGCCAGCCCGCGGGCCCCAAGGGCGCCGAGGAGACGUCCUGGUCCGGGGAGGAGCGCGCGGCCAAGGCCCCCAGCACCCCGCCGCCCAAGGCCGCGCCCCCGCCGCCCGCGCUCACCCCGGACUCCCAGACUGUGGACAGCAGCUGUAAGACCCCCGAGGUCUCCUUCCUGCCCGAGGAAGCUGCGGAGGAGGCUGGGGGCCGGGGUGGGGAGGAGGAGGAGGAGGAAGAAGAAGAGGAGGAAGAGGAGGAGGAAGAGGAGCAGCAGCCCGCCACCACCACAGCCACCAGCACAGCCGCGGCUGCCCCCAGUACUGCCCCCAGCGCGGGGUCCACAGCCGGAGACUCGGGGGCGGAGGACGGGCCAGCCGCCCGCGUCUCCCAGCUGCCCACGCUGCCCCCACCCAUGCCCUGGAACCUGCCGGCUGGUGUGGACUGCACGACCAGCGGUGUCCUGGCCUUGACUGCACUUCUCUUCAAGAUGGAAGAAGCCAACCUGGCAAGUCGAGCAAAGGCCCAGGAGCUGAUCCAGGCCACCAACCAGAUCCUCAGCCACCGGAAGCCCCCCUCCAGUCUAGGGAUGACCCCAGCUCCUGUACCCACCUCUCUGGGUCUGCCCCCUGGGCCCUCCAGCUACUUGCUUCCUGGCAGCCUCCCCCUGGGGGGCUGCGGCUCCACCCCUCCCACUCCCACUGGGCUGGCAGCUGCGUCUGACAAGAGGGAAGGCAGUAGCAGCUCGGAGGGACGUGGGGACACAGACAAGUAUCUGAAGAAGCUGCACACCCAGGAGCGUGCAGUGGAGGAGGUGAAGCUGGCCAUCAAGCCGUACUACCAGAAGAAAGACAUCACCAAGGAGGAAUACAAGGACAUUCUGCGGAAGGCAGUGCACAAGAUCUGCCACAGCAAAAGUGGGGAGAUCAAUCCGGUGAAGGUGAGCAACCUGGUGCGGGCCUACGUCCAGCGUUACCGCUACUUCCGCAAACAUGGGCGCAAGCCGGGGGAUCCCCCAGGACCCCCCCGGCCAUCCAAGGAGCCAGGACCCCCUGACAAGGGUGGCCCAGGCCUGCCCCUGCCCCCUCUGUGAGCCCCCAUCCGUCCCUCCUGCCCCUUGCCUCUUUGAGAUUCUGGACAUAUUUAUGGCUCCACCUCCCCACUCCCCUCCCCCAUCAGUGGGAUGACUGGGGGAGGGUUGCUGCAGGGAAGAGGAGAGCCCCCUGCCCCACCCAGCCCCCUACCCACCUCCUCCGUGCCCACGCCGGCCCCAUUGCCCCUUCCUUGUUCGUGCCCAGUUCCCAGUUUCAUUAAAGAUUUCAUGAA